AUGAGACUUGGGCGUCGCCGAGAGGAAAGUCUCACAUCGUCCGAUGAUACCACGAUAUCGGAUCAGGAUGAUGAGCCACAUUAUGAGUACAUUCUCAAAGAGAUGUACGUGCCUUCUUUGAGCGAUAACUCAUUGGCCGGCCAGAAAGACCUUGUGGACCUCGUCUUUGUUCAUGGACUAGGGGGGAAUCUCAGAACCACUUGGAAGCAAGAGGGUACGACUGAACCGUGGUUUACAAAGCCAGAAUUUCUUGGCCGUCUUAAAGAUUCGGUUCGCGUCCUGUCAUUUGGCUACAAUGCUCACCGUUUCGGCGAUGUCGCCAAUACGAGAAUAAUCCAUCACGCCAAUGAUUUACUCCGAAAUCUGGUUCUCAAACGACUCGAUCACCCAGACCGCCCCUUGAUAUUCAUUGCUCACAGUCUUGGCGGAUUAGUGGUCAAAAGAGCAAUACUUUUAUGCGCGACAAACGACGAUUGGAAAGCCAUCAAGCAAGCCACGAAGUCUAUCAUAUUCAUGGGAACCCCUCAUAUGGGAUCGGAAAAAGCUGAAGACCUCGUCGUUGUGCAGAAAUUGGCAUCUUUGAUGAAACUUCAAGCAGCAGUUGCGACAAACCUCACAAAGGAACUCCGUGCUUUCUCAAACUCAGUACAGGAUAUCAACAUGGAAUUCACUAUUGAUGUUCAUCGUUCGAUUAAGCUCCUAUGUUGCUAUGAGUCUCAUCCGCAACGGUUACCCAAUGGAGCGAAAGAAAUUAUAGUCCCUCAAUGGUCUGCUGUCCUUCAGGGCGUCGAUAACAUAGAUCUAAAUUGUACGCACUCUGGAUUGCCUAAAUUCGCUUCCCCUUUACACCCACGGUUCGAGCUGUUCUGGGGCGAAGUUGAAAGGCUAGUGAGACUGGCUGAACCACCGAUCAAACCGUUUAAAAAGGCACCCACAUGGACAGAUGAAGAUGUUACACAGCCGUCACCUCGGCCACGCCAGAGCGCUCCUCUCAAGCGUCGACAUGAAGUUGGGAAAGCAUCGAAAGCCUCUAGAGAGUCGGCAAUUCGCUCAAGUGUCGACAAACUAUUGAAAGAAGUUACAAGCCGCAUCAAUGCCGACGUACCAACACAGCAUGAGACUGCUGUGUCUCAAGCUCAGAGUCGGACACAACCGGAGAAAUUUGACGUUAAGGAGUUCAGUGAUUUCACCCGCCUUCUUCGCUCUGUGACACCAGAGAAUAAAGGUCUUGAUCGCGAGGCUCCUCACUGGCAGACAUGUUCAUGGAUAUUGGAAGAUCCUACUUUCGUCAAAUGGAAGGAAGGCAAGAGAGGCAGUCUCUUAUUCAUUACAGGGAGCCCUGGAUGUGGCAAGUCAAACUUGGCAAAGUACAUCCAGGGUGCAAUAAAAGAUUCAAACGAUGAAAGGUGGGAGGAGAGCCUCGUCAUACCAUUCUACUGUGAUAGUCUGGAGAGCUCUCGACACAACCCUCCAAUAUUGGAUCUUGUUGUCCAGUCUAUGCUGAGCAAGUAUACCACCAUGUCACAAGCGACAAGGAAAAAGCUCGAAUCAGUCUUGGAAACCCUUGGGGUCGAUAGACAGAAGUCACGAUCACCUCUCGAAACCGAGAAUAGCGGACAUUUCAUCCAACUGAUGGAAAUUGUCCAGUUGCUGGUGACGGCUGAAGAUGCUAGACCAGCUUGCCUCAUAAUUGAUGGCCUAGAUCAAUGUGAAGACGAAUUCAUCAUCCGGUUGCUCCGUGGGUUAGACACGAUUUUUCGUCGUGAGUCUUCCACUUCAGCCCUCAAAGUUGUCGUAACAUCACGCAUGGCAGACUCGAUCCGAGGGUUCGCGCUCGCAAAUAACCAUAUUGAAGUCACACCAGAUAUGGUCCUCAACGAUAUUCAGAAAGUCGUCGACGAGGAGGUCGAUCGCAUUAUCUUGAGUCGCCGGAUAGCCACUGUUGGACGAGCUUCUGUUUCAGCCGUCAUUGUUGAGAGGUCGAAUGGAAGUUUCCUUUUCGCAUCAGCAGUCCUCAAGGAACUGUGGCACAUCAAAGACACAGGGGCUAACUCAGUCUUUACACUCGUUACAAGCUGUCCUCCAACCAUGGAAGCGAUAUAUCAACAAGACAUGGACCGCAUUCAGAAUGAACGCAACGAUUUGUUUCAGCUGAUUCAGAUUAUCUGCAUAGCAAGGUCGACCUUGAGAAUAGAAGAGGCCAAGGAGAUCCUUCGGUUUCUAAAUCCCUCGGUAACAAGGACUUACGAUCUUGUCGGCGAUUUGACAAGAACAUGCCAGCGACUAAUUAGAUUUGGCGCCGAGGACACUCUCGAACUUCUGCACCAGACUCUUUACGACUUUAUUCUCGACACAUAUGAUGUCAACAUUGUACAUCAAACCCUCGCAACCGCAUGCCUCGAAUAUGUUAGGGAAAUAGAUUGGGAAUCAUACUACGACCCAUGGACGGACUACUGUCGAGAUGCUCUUGCAGAUCAAUACGUAUUUCUGGAAUACUCUUCGUCUUGGUUAAGGUAUCAUUUGAAGUUCUUUGGGCCAGAUACCUACAAGAUAUCUUGGGAUUUAUGGGAUUUCAUUCGCUCUCCAGCUGGGGAAAAGUGGCGAUAUUACACGUUCCAGAAACGUACUUGGGGAUCCAGAAGCCCAUCGCCAACACGAUCGCCUGCGUUAUUCAGGGCCCAGACGCCGAGUCCUUCGAGGUCUAGAAGUAGGUCCUCCAAGGGGUCUAAGACUCGAUCACCCCCUGCCAUAGAACGUCUACAGACCCCUUCCUCAGCUACUGGCAAGCAGAAUGAAGACGUAGCCGAGGCUGGAAAUCUAUCGGACAGCACAGACGAUAGUGUGAGUACAUGUGACUCUGACGGAUCUGGAGGCCGUGGGCGAUCGAUCACCACAGCUCAAACUCGCAUUCAAUCAGCAAAGCCACCCUUGGUGUUGCUCGCUCAGUGGGACGCGGAUCUUGUAAUCAAAGAGAUCUUCCCUCAGGCCCUAGAAACCACCCCAAACCGCUUCCUUCACAAAAUCCAUGAUCUUCUUGUUUAUGUUUCCCCAAAAUCAAAGCAACAGGUCGACGAAGACCUAGAGACAUUAGUCAACAACGUCUGGGAAGGCACUACAGCAAUACACUAUGCUGCAGCCCAGCCCGGGGCAGCUUUGGAGGUGCUUCUGCCUUUCGCAAGGAAUUUAGACCUGCCAGACAAUGACGGGUCAACACCUUUGAUCCUCUCCGCAGUCCGUGGCCAUUGCCGGAGCGUGCGGUCUCUUCUCAAGGCCGGAGCCAAAGUAGAUGCUGUUGAUCCAUGGAACCAAACGGCAUUGUUCACCGCGGUUGAUGUUGGCGCAGUGGAUGUUGUUCGAACACUUCUUGAGUUUGGGGCUGAUCCUAACAUUUCAUCUAUCAACGGCCAUUCACCACUUGCGCUUGCUACAGGGAAGAACAGUUCCGAAAUGGUCGAGCUAUUAUUGGAGUUCUCAGCAGACCUUGACGCUCCUGCAUUCGACGGAAAGCCUAUAGCUUUCUUAGCCAGCUGGAUGGGGAGCACUAAUGCCCUCGAGAUCCUGGUACAACAUAUCGAUGUGGAUCAGGUUUGGCGCAAUGAGCGCUUGAUUCACAUGGCAUGCUUCAAGGGAUGGAAAGGGGUCGUUGAUAUGCUUAUCGAGAAGCAUGCAAACCUCAAUGAUCCCCCCAGAGAUCUGCCGAAAGCUUCGCCAGUGGCUCUGGCCGUUGAGUCGGGCCAUAAUGACAUUUUGAGGAUGCUUUUCGCCGCAGGUGCUGCAGUCGAGUGCCCCGUGAAGGGAAUGAGCUCUCCCCUACAUAUCGCAGUGGCGGCUCAGAAUUUAUUGGGCUGUGAGCUGCUCCUUGGUGCUGGAUGCCAGGUCAACGCAGAAGACAAGGAUGGAAGCACGGCUCUUUCAAUAGCGGCAGAUCUAAAUGAUCUUGACAUAGUCGAAUGCCUUGUCUCUCACGGAGCUGAUCCAAGUAAACCGGAUUAUGAAACACCACUUCAUAUUGCGGUCGACUGGAGAAGCUUUGAGAUGGUCGAAGCUAUUCUUUCGAGUCGGUUCUUUUCCAACAUAGACGCGAAAGGCGAAAAGGAAUACACUGCUCUUGGUAUCGCAGCAACAUCUGGGAGAUUGGACAUCGUCAGUAUGCUUCUUGAUCAUGGAGCAGAUCCAAACAUGCGGAAUGGACCGCAUAACUCGAGCGCUCCACUACACAUUGCUGCCAACAAAGGUCAUCGAAGUAUCGUGAUAGAACUCCUGAAGCGUGGGGCCGAUCCUUACCCGGAAACUACCAAAGAAUCAAGCGCCUUUCAUGCUGCUUGUAUAGGGGGAUGGUUGGAUGUGAUAGAAACUUUCUUGGAGGUUGUGGAUGAUGUUGGCGAGUUGGUCAACUUCGAAUGGGGCUGGGCAGGAACUCCUUUAAAAGCAGCGGCAUCAGGUGGCAGACUGGAUGCAGUAAAGCUACUUCUCAGUAAGGGCGCCGACCCAAACCAACAGUUGCAAUCCAAGAUCAAUAGGGGCCAGACUAUCAUCCAUGCCGCUGCUGAGGGGGGUAACACCCAGGUUUUGGAAGCCAUCCUUGACGCAGUCGAUGAUUCGUCACUUGAGAUACGUGAUAGAGCUCAGAGGACACCGCUCUGGUACGCUUGUGUGGAAGGACAUGAGGACAUGGUCAACUUUCUACUUGAACGAGGAGCGUCAACAGAUGUCAUCUUUGAGGAUGGAGAAAACAUCAUACCUGUCAUUGUGUCUGGUGGAUCUGAGAAGAAUUUGAAGCUCGUAUUGGAAAAGAAUCCCGAACUCGACACCGAUUGCAUCUUAGCAGAUGGCGAGACCCCGUUAUUCAAGGCAGUUUAUUCUGGUCACGGCAAGAUUGUGUCAUUCCUCCUGGAACGUGGUGCAGAUGUGAACAGAAGAUCGAAAUAUGGUAACGUCCCGGUCUUCGGGGCGAUCACCAAUCGGCAGAAUGAGACUUUACAGAUUCUUCUUGAGGAUGAGUCCAUCGAUCUGACUCAACGGGACUCCUUCGACCGGACUGCGCUUCAGAUAGCACAGCAGUCGGGAACACGCUUGAUGCCUGCCAUGGUGUUAGGUGCUGCCAAAGACUCGGAUGUCGAGAAGAUACUUACGGAGAACCGAGACAUGUACGGGCUUAACGCUUAUGACCUGACCAGGCCUGAAGCCAAUGAUUCAGCACCAUUCGAUCGCUGUGUCGAAGGUGUACGCCGGGAUGCCCAAAGUCUACUGGAUGAUUUCGACCUUCACGGGGUAAGAUGGGAGCGCCUUGGCAAGUUCUUGCUCCAGCUUAGGUCGUACAGCUUCGCCCAAAUUGCUCUUCAAAGAAGUGCUCGAGCUGUAGAGACGGCCCCCUUGGUUUUGAAGCACGACAACUACUGUGACAUGUGUCUUGACACAAUUACAGGCCCUCGCUACGUUUGUUGCACAUGCUGCACAGUCGACCUCUGCGAAGUGUGUGUCAGACGGGACCAGAAACCGGGAAAUCGUACUUGGACCUGCGAUUAUCACUCCUUUCUUGCUAUCCAAUUGCCCAAGAUACAGGCCCCGGAUGUGAUACCGAGGACUGAGAUUGACUUUCACGUACCAUCACGGCUGUCUCCCAUCGAAGAGGUAGCAUCUGAAAGUAGCCAAGGAUGGACAGAAGCAGACGGUAAUGAACCUUUUCGGGAGCCACUAUCUCUUCUGGGUGACGAGGAUGCCCAGGAUGGCGUUUCUUCAUAUUCAGGCGACACUGCCAACAGCCAUACAAUGGCAAUCGAAUCUCUCUCCACACAGCCCUCGACGGCAGUGACUGGAUAUUCUUUCGACGACGGCGAACUUCCAGAUAAAGCGACUGAUAAUAUCAGUGCGUUAGCAAAGGAAGAGUGGUCAGACAGAACAGAGGAUGAGCUUCGAGAGUUUCUCGAAGCAGUUCUCAAAACAUUCACCACCUACCAGACGCCGAAUGGAAUAUCCAGAUGGAACUUUUUGGUCGAUUCGUGGACUUUGAGGUAUAAAGAUGAUGCCCUAAAGGCUUCAUGGGUGGAAGGGGACGAGAAUGUGAAGCUUGUACAACCUGUACAGUACUACCUUGACAAGCCCGGAAGACCAGUUCCAGCCGAGCAUGUAUGUGUUAACUGCAAGUCUGGCAUCCGCCAGGCACAAAAGUUCUACUGCAGAGAAUGCAGCUGGCGCAGUGCUGCCUGGGGCUGUUGCAACCUUUGCCUGAAAAGCCUUGACUCCCUCGGACACAGAGGCUUCUGCUGCCGAUGUGUACCAAAGCAAAGGCAUGAGCUUUGGAACUUGCCACCUCCUCGGGAUUGGGAGCUGGCCAAGAGGGACGCGAUGUUUAUACUCGCAUCCUUCUAUAGACAAAUGCCUACCUGUCUUCUUUGUCGCAAGUUCUCAGAUGGUGAUAUCGACUGUGGUGAGCACAGUGACUUCGAUGAAUACGAACGUGAACAUGCUACCACGAUCGACUCCAUAGAAGCCAUUAUGGUUGGGAAAUAUCGGAAGUUAAGCACCCACAGUUUCGCCUGGGAGCCACGACAGGGCGUUGUCGGUGGUAUGGGGCUUCCUUCUCUUGAAGACGCAGGUGUCACAAUGGACUGGUUCACAGAACAGCUGAGGAUCGAGCAAGAAUGGGCCAAAUUGUAUCCUCAUGCGCUCUCACCAAUCGCAGAGUCCGGCAUCAUGUUCAUCAUGAUGACAAGCGCGCCCCAGGACUCCUGGGACAAGAUGAAGACCCUGAUACUAGUCAACAAGUUCCUUAACGGCCUGGUAACAGGGUCUCAUACACAAAAUAACGAGACCAGACUGAUCUUCCAUCCAUGGCCACAACCAGGGUUUAUGCCCAAUAUCGACCCCCGCGGGUCUUCAAGACCAUCUCCACUCGAAUGUCCCAAGACAAACCUUCAGGAGAUCUUUUCGACCUUUUUCGACCAUGUCCUUUGGACAAGAGCCACCGAUAUUCACUCAUUCAAGAGCCAGAUGCCUUGCGACACAUACGAUCGCGUGCGACGUUUAUAUCCCGGAAAAGAACUGCUCUCACGUACCCUGGGGUGUCACCUUGUCGCCCCCGACGCUCUAUUAAACGUCAGUCCUGAGCUCGUUGUGUAUGGACCAGCCAACGAUGGAACCGAUAGGCUUCGGCCUGUAACCAGUCUCAAGAACAGCCAGAUGGGCAGCACACCAGCCCCGUUCAUCAACCCAGCUCUACUCGCUGAAAAGUACGAACGCAGACACCCAUAUUGGUCUCGGCACAGACAGAGAAAGCCCUGGCAGCUGCCAGAGAGCUACUCCCACCACUCUGUAGAGGACCCGGUGAUGUCGCAGAUGAUUAUGCUCGGCCAAAUCGAGCAUUACAUCGAUCGAAACAAACCGUGCUGGGCGCACGAGAUCUCCAAUGCCCGGAAAAACGAGGUCGAGUGGCGAACGCAGCCCCAGCAUCAUCUUCUCCGCCACCCCCUAUCAAUAGUAAUGCAUACAAAAGGUGGCCUCGGCCCACGAGAUACACCCUUGAAUACGAUUAUUGGCCCUUCAGGGAUUCCGCGUACACCAAACUUCGGUAACAGGCUACACCCUGCCCGAACAGAGAUCCCAGGGGAAGCGUUUCGCAUGGCGAUAAUAGAAUCGAGCAUCAUCAGUGAUCAAUUUCGAACACUUGAGCUCAAGGACUCGGGGGAGGAAGACAAUUCCGAAAUGGAGGAGGAUGAUUCUGAAGACAACAGUGACUCUGAGAUGAGCGAAGAUUGA